GUUUUGCUGAACCUUUCUUGGGUAUAUUUGAAUUAUCUUUCAGAAAAGAAAGGAGAAAAAAGAAAAGUUGAAAACUGAAAAUGACAAACCGUCUUGAACCAAAGUCAAAGAAGACAAAAUCAAGAAAGAACAAGAUAGUCAUUGAUGAGAACGCACCUUUGUUACCUAAGACUCAGGAGACUGAUGCUGAAGGGUUUAAUGAUUUCAAUGGAGCUUCAUUUUCUGGGGCUGUUUUCAACUUAUCCACAACAAUUAUUGGUGCUGGGAUCAUGGGGUUGCCAGCAUGUGUGAAAAAGCUGGGGAUGGUGCCUGGUCUUAUUGCAAUAAUCUUAACAGCUUUGUUGACUGCAAAGUCAAUUGAGUUCAUGAUUAGGAUUUCCAAGGCAGGAAAUAUUUCUUCGUACGGAAAUUUAGUGGGCGAUGCCUUUGGCAAAUUUGGAAAAGCUGUGUUGCAGAUAUGUGUCAUAGUCAACAACAUUGGAAUGCUGAUCAUUUACAUGAUUAUUAUUGGUGAUGUGAUUUCUGGAACAUCUUCAAGUGGAACUCACCAUUCCGGUGUUCUUGAAGGAUGGUUUGGAGUUCAUUGGUGGACUGGACGUACAUUUGUUCUCCUUUUUACAACACUUGCUGUGUUUGCACCUUUGGCCUGCUUCAAGCGAAUUGAUUCUUUGAGAUACACUUCUGCAUUAUCAUUUGGACUAGCAGUUGUUUUCCUUGUCAUUGCUGUGGGAAUUUCAAUCUUCAAGAUUGUAAUUGGAGGCAUUGAGAUGCCUAGGCUCUUUCCAAUCAUUACUGAUGUAACGUCCAUUAUUGAACUCUUCACUGUAGCACCUGUGGUUGUGACAGCGUAUCUAUGCCACUUCAAUGUACACCCCAUAGAAAAUGAACUUGAGGACUCAUCACAAAUACAUGGGAUUGUGCGUACUUCCCUUGCUCUAUGCUCUUCAGUGUACUUAAUAACAAGCUUCUUUGGUUUCCUCCUAUUUGGUGAAGAAACACUUGAUGAUGUGCUUGCCAAUUUUGACACUGAUCUUGGAAUUCCUUUUGGUUAUGUGCUUAAUGAUGCCGUUCGUUUUAGCUAUGCUGGACAUCUUCUGCUUGUAUUUCCUGUUGUCUUCUAUGCAUUAAGAAUCAACAUAGAUGAUCUCAUAUUUUCUUCAUCAAGGCCACUGGUUCUAGAUAACUUCAGAUUUGCAUCAAUUACCAUUGCCCUUAUUGGUGUUAUCUUCCUGGGAGCAAAUUUCAUACCCAGCAUUUGGGAUAUUUUCCAGUUCACUGGAGCAACAGCUGCUGCAUUUUUAGCAUUCAUAUUUCCAGCUGCCAUCACUCUUAGGGAUCGGUACAACAUUGCAACCAAGAAAGACAAGAUCCUAUCUGUCUUUAUGUUAGUUCUUGCAGUCUUUUCGAAUGCUAUGGCUAUAUACAGUAAUGCCUCUGCCAUUAUCAAGAAGAAUAUAGCAUAACACGAAUGAUUUCUUGAAAAUUUCUUUAGAAGCUCUCAUUUCAGGUAAGUUCGUACUUUCAGAUGAAAGAGUGGCAGGGUUAUUGGCCUACAAGAAAAAUAAUUUUUUCUAGAAGGGUCUGAUGAGUUGAUUGUAAAAUAAACAAAGAAGCUACGCUCUGUACAGUUAUGCUUCAGAAGUGUGUAAAGGCCUGCAAUAUGCUCAAUCCCCUUGGUAACGUGUUGUUUGUAGCUUGCAUCAUAAAUGUCCCUAGAAAUAGACAUUUUGGGCAC